ACUUCCCCUAUUAUAUAUCCUUCAGUUCACAAAUCACAAAAUAGCAUAAAAAAAGAACACUAAAAUUUCCGAAGAAAGAAACAAACAGAAAAAAAGAGAAUAUGGCGGAUCUUCAACAACAUCAGCAACCAAUGACGAGAAAUCUCCACGACUCCCCUUCAUCACCAUCGACAAGACAAACCGUGAGAUUCCUAACGGCAGCGACGAUCGGCAUGUCACUGCUGGUGCUCUCGGGACUGACGCUCACCGGAACCGUGAUCGGUCUAAUCGUAGCGACGCCGUUGAUGGUGCUUUUCAGCCCCGUGCUCGUGCCUGCGGUGAUAACGAUGUGCGUUUUGACGGCGGGAUUCUUAUUUUCCGGUGGUUGUGGGGUGGCAGCAGCGACGGCUUUGUCGUGGAUCUACAGGUACGUUACCGGAAAGCAUCCCAUGGGAGCGGAUAAAGUGGAUUACGCGAGGAUGAUGAUUUCGGAGAAGGCUAAAGAGUUAGGACAUUAUGCUCAGCCGCAAACAGACCAAACCACAACAGCUCCUUAUUAGUCAAUAAAUGCUAUAUGUGGAUCUAUGCAAUUUCUAAUUUCUGUUCAUUUUUGGAUUUCAUUGUCUCAGCUCGCCACCUUUAGUUAUGUUUAUGUUUUAAAUUUUCCUUCGAAUGUGUUUUUUUCUUCUUCUUGUAUUUGGCCUACGUACUGGGAAUUAGAUACAAGCCAGAUUUUGAUCAAAAAAAAAAAAAGAUACAAGCCAGAUUUUUGAUUUACGUCA